AUCAUUUUGCAUUUCCGGGGAGGAGGGCUGCUUUGUUUACCAACAGUCCUCCCUGUCAGUUUGGGCACACUGCUCUGGAUGGCUGAGCAGAGACAUCCAGAGCAGUGUGCUUACAUUGAAGAACACCCCCCCCCAGUAAAACACUCCUAUCACACAGUUAACCCUUUGAUUGCCCCUCAUGUUAAACCAUUCCUGCCCAGUGCCAUUAGUACAGUGUCAGUGCUUUUUGUAGCACUGAUCACUGUAUUGGUGUCACUGGGGAUGUCAGUGACACCAAGACAGUUCCCCCCCAGUUUCAGAAUGCCCACCGCAGUCCCGCUAUAA